AUGGGAUUCUUUCUCGCUCCCGGGCGGCUGGUUGGUUCGAAGGUGCACGAGAAUCAAACUCCCGUCGACGCCAAGCGGACAAAAAAAGUGGGCGAUUUCUUUGAUACCCGUGGGCCAUCAUCCAGUCGCUACCGAAUUCGAAGCAAGAUCCAGAUUCUGGAGAAGAACCGCAAGACCGUGAAGGAGCGCAAGGAGCGCUUCAAGCUCACUGUGAAGGCCAAGAAAGUUAAGUACGCCCAAGCCACCAGGAACAAAACGAUGUCCAACCAGCAAGUCCUAGAAGGUUGCUGCAGCAAAGUCCGCGUGUGUCACAAGACUCCACAAGGCAAGGCCAAGCUCCCUCGUCUUGCGGGCGAACGGUCUCCCAAAGAAUUGCGCGGAGCUGUGUUGGAAUAUGUUCCCAGCUUCGAGUCCUUGUGCAGUGAAAUUGAUUGCCCCAUCGACACUCUCAAGAAGGUUCUGAACUUUCUGUCCUUGAAUGGUGUGGACGGUGCACUCAUCACUCCGCGGACUAGUGACAGUGUUGUCCUCCUCCGCAGGCAACUGGCUGAGAUCUUGUUCCCCGAUCUUCGCCCCCCUCGCGAACCCAGUCUUUCACCCGAGUCCAAGGCAAAGGCCAUGGCUGCGGAAUUGUACGAAGAUGCUGAUGCAAUUGAAAAGAUUCUUGAGGGUGAUCGCCAAGCCAAGCGCUAA